UGUGAUCUUGUCUUGUUGUCUCAAACACCAUGGCAGCAGCAAGCAUAAAGCCGAUCGACGCGGCGUCGGUGCACAGCCUGCACUCUGGCCAAGUGGUCCUCGACCUCCCUGGCGCCGUGAAGGAACUGCUCGAGAACAGCCUCGACGCGGGCGCGACCAUCAUCGACGUGCGGAUAAAAGACAGCGGGUUGGACACGCUCGAGGUGGUGGACAAUGGCUCGGGCAUCGCAGCCGCAGACUACGACAGUAUCGGCCUAAAACAUCACACGUCCAAACUCCCCUCCCUCGCUGCCCUGUCGACAGUCGACACGUUCGGAUUCCGCGGCGAGGCGCUCUCGGCCCUCUGUGCCCUGUGCGACGGCGUAACGGUCACCACCGCCACCGCCGAGACGGCGCCGAUGGGCGCCGUGCUUGGGUUGGGGAGGGACGGGCGGGUGCAGUCUACGGGAAAGGUUGCGAGGCAGCGCGGCACCACCGUGUCCGUCUCCGGGCUGUUCGCUGCCCUCCCCGUCCGGCGAAAAGAGUUUGAACGCACGCACAAGCGCGAGUACGCCAAGGCCUUGGGGAUAUUGACGGCUUAUGCGCUCGUCCCGGCGUCAGCGGGGCGGGCGGUGCGGCUCAAGGUCGAGUCGGUUGGUGGCGGGCGCGGGGGUAAACGCCACACAGUCCUCGCGGUCGACGGCAAGGGCGGCCUCCGCGCCUCUGUGGCCGCCGUAUGGGGUCCCAAGGCGCUCGAAGGUGUCGUGGACGUUGACCUUUCGCUCGAGGUGGCCAUCGACAAGGCCAUGGCACGGCGAGAGGGCAUUGAGGAGGGCACACAGCAGGUCCGCGUCUCGGGACUGAUAUCCUCCGGCGCGUGGGGGCAAGGCCGCUCCAGCGCCGACAGGCAGUUCGUCUACAUCAAUGGCCGCCCAUGCGCUCUCCCAAAGGUCCUCAGGACUGUCAAUGAGGUGUACAAGUCGUUCAACACCAAUCAGGUGCCGCUCGCCAUUCUCGACUUCACAAUACCCCGCGAAAGUGUCGACAUCAACGUCAGUCCCGAUAAGCGCACCAUCUUCGUUCACUCCGAGGCGAACCUCAUCGACGCGUUGAGGGACGCGCUGGACAAGUUCUUCCAGCCUACCAGGUCUAGCUACGCCGUGUCGGGCGCGUCGCAGACCGUCAAGCUUGUGCAGCCGAGCGUCGUUGCUCCGCCCACCACCAUCGACGAGGAGGAGGAGGAGGACCGCGAGGAGGGCCGUGACGAGGACGCACCCGCCGACGAACCCGAGGAAACCCAAGCGCAACCCAACGCCCAGCGACGUGCCUCGUCCCGCGCCUCGCGCUCCUCAUCACGCUUAGGCUUAGUCGAAUCCGAAGGCGAAGAGGAGCUCUCCCAGCCACUCGCGCCAAUAUUCCGCCGUCGACGGGAGCCAUCACCGCCCCCAAGGCUAGCACAACAGACUCUUGACCCGACAGUCGCGUCGUGGAGCCCGAAGCGGAAGUCGACGGCAUCGACGUCCGCUUCAAGAGCACCAGCGUCUGGCAGAGAGGCGCGGAGUAACCUCCGGCAGCGGCUGGCGGGGUACGCAAGCCAGCCUGUCGCUGUUGCCGAGGAGGAGGAGAUCGAGUCGGAGGAGGACGAGGUGGUAGAGAUGGAGGUUGAGGUGCGGCGGCCGUCUAGAAGACGGGAGGUGGCCACCUCGAAUGGCGACGAGGACGGCGACACCGCCGAGGUCGACACCGAGGCUAUUGAGGCUGACGAGCUUGACGACGACGCCGGCGUUGAAGAUGACGACCCGGCCGAGGACGCGGACGUGAAUGUGGACGUCGCGCCAACCGAGGAUGAUGUUGAGGUCCCAGACGAUAGCGGGCUUCAAGACGAGCUGCAAUCCGACAGAACCUCCCUAUCACCAACUCCAACCCCAGAGCAGGACGACGCCGGCGACGCCGAGGCCACCUCCCCACCAUCAGGCUACCGCGACGAGAUCCAGUCGGCCGCGGCGACAGGUGAAGCAACCUUACGCUUCGACUUGGACCGCCUGCGAGCCCGAUAUGCCAAGCGCCAAGGCCAGCAGCCGGCGAAACGCAGCGCAUACGCCGCCGUGCGCGCCGGCGCCGUGUCGGACGCCGCUGGCGUGGGUAACCGCGACGCAGCAGCUGCCGAGGCGGCCCUCGCGCGCGUCAUCUCCAAAGACGAUUUUGCGCGCAUGCAGGUCCUCGGACAGUUCAACAAGGGCUUCAUUAUCGCCCGUCUGCGGCACGAGGGCUCAGACGACCUGUUCAUCGUCGACCAGCACGCCAGCGACGAAAAGUUCAACUUUGAGACGCUGCAGCGCACGACGGUGAUCAAGGCGCAGGCGCUCAUCCGGCCCCGGCCAAUGCAGCUCACCUCGGCCGACGAGAUUGUCGCCAUGGAGAACUUGGACGUGCUGGAGGCGAACGGGUUCAAGGUCGGCGUGGACGAGGACGCGGCGCCGGGCCGGGGAGAGAGGAUCACGCUGCAGGCCAUGCCGGUCAGCAAGGAGACAACGUUCGACUUCAAGGACCUCGAGCAGCUGCUCCACCUCCUCGGCGACGGUGCGCGCCCACAGGGGCAGAUGGUGCGGUGCUCCAAGGCGCGAGCAAUGUUUGCCAUGCGCGCGUGUCGCCGCAGUGUCAUGAUUGGGAAGAGCUUGACCAAGGCGCAGAUGGUGGCGCUGUUGCGCAACAUGGGCACGAUUGACCAGCCUUGGAACUGUCCUCAUGGCCGUCCGACCAUGCGCCACAUGUGUGAGCUGACCCCGCCGUCGCGGCCGCACUCUGGCCGCGGACGCAUCGAUUGGGCCAAGUGGGAGUAACAUGUAGCCAUAACAUAUAGUCAGGAUGUAUUGCAUUGCCCUCGCGCAAGUGGCGCAAGUGGUAGGAAAUGAG